CGGCGCCGCCGGGCACUUCCGGGAGCGCGCGCCGUGGGGCCGCCGCAGCCGCCGCCCGCAGCCAUGGCCCACGCAUCCCCGCCCCGGUCCGAGACCGUGCGCCGCGCCGGCGGCCCCGAGGGGCACCCUGCGCGGGACGUGCUGCCGUUUCCCACCGGUAUCUUUCAGGUUGCAGAAAAGAUGGAAAAAAGAACAUGUGCACUCUGCCCCAAAGAUCUCGAGUACAGUGUCCUGUACUUUGCACAGUCAGAGAAUAUAGCUGCUCAUGAAUGUUGUUUGCUGUAUUCUUCAGCCCUUGUGGAAUGUGAGGAUCAUGAUCCAUGUAAUUAUGAUAGAAAUUUUGAUGUGGAAUCAGUAAAGAAAGAAAUCCAGAGAGGAAGAAAGCUGAAAUGCACAUUGUGUCGUGAAAGAGGAGCCACCGUGGGAUGUGACUUAAAAACCUGUGCCAAGAACUACCACUUUUUCUGUGCCAAAAAGGACAAUGCAUUUCCACAAGCUGAUGGAGCUCAAGGGAUUUAUAAGGUGUUAUGCCGACAUCAUGCUCCCAGAUCAUCAACCAAUGCUCAGAGUGCUGAUUUUUCAAGAGUGAAAGGAAAAAGAGGAAGGAAGAAAAGUCUCCCAACAGGCAUUCAUGUACUGCCACCCGAGACAACGCCGUUCAAUAGAUUUGUAAAACCAAUGAAGGAAAAGCACAGCAGCUACCCAGAUGCGAUUGUGAAAAUGCCUUUUCUUAAGAAAUGUAAGGAAGCAGGACUUCUUAAUGACUUAUUUGAAGAAAUAUUAGACAAACUUCAUUUGAUUCAAGAAAGACUUAUGGAUGAGACUACUUCAGAAUCAGAGUAUGAGGAAAUUGGGACUUCACUUUUUGACUGUAGAUUAUUUGAAGACACAUUUGUAAAUUUUCAAGCAGCAAUAGAGAAUAAAAUUCAUGAAUCUGAAGAAAUGCGGCAGCAGCUGAAGGAAGACAUUGAGCUACUUCAGGAUUUAAAACAAACCUUGUGCUCUUUUCAAGAAAACAGAGACCUCAGGUCAAGUUCCACUUCAGAAUCCUCACUGUCUUCCUAAAGAUCUUAAACCAGUGGUCAGGUGGAACUGCAAGCAGGCCCUACACCAGAGACCCAGCCCAGGAGGCACAUACCUUCAGGACUAGGUGCUUAUCCCUGUAUGGGCCCCAAACUGUGAUCCCCACCAGCUCUUAUCUGUUCUUGCUGAUUGGCACUGCCAACUGGAUGCUUCUUGUCUCCCUAUAUCAUCAUGCUACUUCUACUACUACUACCUCUCCAAUAAAAUGUUUUCCAGGU